AGCAGCACACAGAUUCAUUUUGCAGUUGCUUAUUUUAGAUUAUAUUUAUCAUAAAAACAAAACAGACACCUGAGUUAAAAACUAAACUAAACCGUUCAGUUUUAUUCUUAAAGCUGGAAUGUGUAGAAGAUCUGUAAUAGCUGGUUGGCGAGGUGAGAGAGGGAUUUUCUCCCUUUGAUUUUUUCUCACAGUCUGAGGAAUGAUGCCCGGAGGAGCAUGUGCACCAAGAGAGCGCUUGUUUGGACUUUGCUGGUCCUCUCUGUCUUUCAUAUGGGACUCGGGGUGUCCUGCAUCUCUCUGGGUGUGCUGGGGAUCACACAAGCCCUGUGGCUACAGAAGAGCCAAACCUCAUUUUCUACACCAGUAUGGAGCGGUGCAUGUUUUCUUGUCUGUGGACUAUGUGGGAUACUGUGUGCCAAGAAGAGAACUGGACUGACUAUGAUCCUGUUUUCAGCCUGUUGCAUCUGUGGACUUAUUGGGGGAAUUCUCAACGUUCAGUUUGUGCGUGCGAUGGUGAAACGAACGAACAGCCUGUACUCUUUGCACCUGGCCUUCCUCUGCCUGGCCAGCCUAGGCAUCUUGGGCUGCACCCUCUCCACCUGGCUCACCUGCAGACUUGCCAGCAGUGAACAGAAAAGACUGUUUCUGGAAAGGGAUCUGUCCCUGCAUCAUUCCGUGGAGAUGGGCGACAAGGUGAAGGCGGUGUGCGGGUGAAAUAUCAAGGGACUGUGAGAUCUAUUUUGCUUUUAUUGAAAAUGUAAAUGUGUAGAUUUGGUUUGUAGAAUCAAAAUCCCUUUCAGACAAGUUGGUGGCCAUCUUUGAAACGCCAUUAUGGAAGCUAUUUCAGUCAUGCAAGUACAGCUUCUCUUUGAAUGGGGAAACAUUGAAUUCUCCAAAGCUGUUCACCAAGCAAGCUUACGAUUAAAUUUCAUAUUUGAAAUCACCAAUGAAAUCUGACAAUAACUGUCUCAUCAAUUGUUUCUAAACACUCAAAUCAUGACAAAAAAAACUGCAUUUAUCAGGUUGGACCAUGUUGUGCAUGUGCAGUCCUAAGCGCGCGACUCAGAACACUAGCUGUGUCCCAAUUCAGAGGCUGCAUCCUUCGAAGGCCACAUUUGAAGGCCAAUUGUGUCACCACGGUGCGGUGAAGGCUGUCCCAAUUCAAAAGCUCCUUCAAAUGCGGCCUUCAAAUGCAUUGUUCGUUUCCUGUGCAAUGAAGGAUAUAACAGAUGGAUCCUUUGCGGCCUACUCCAGAAUUCAUUGCACGCUGGUGACUACAGGUUUUUUUUUUUUUUAGAGAUAUUGCCAAAUUACACUUUUAUUGGGUUUCAACUUGCUCGAAUGUCUAAUGAUACAAAUGUAAAAAAAAAAAAAAAAAAAAAAAAACUUUAAAGCGGUUCAAAUGUUGACAUACCUUACUAAGAUGCGAUUAUACGCCGAUCAGGCAUAACAUUAUGACCACUGACAGGUGAAGUGAAUAACACUGAUUCUCUCUUCAUCACGGCACCUGUUAAUGUGUGGGAUAUAUUAGACAGAAAGUGAACAUUUUGUUCUCAAAGUUGAUGUGUUAGAAGCAGGAAAAAUGGGCAAACGUAAGGAUUGACAAGGGCCAAAUUGUGAUGGCUAGACGACUGGGUCAGAGCAUCUCCAAAACUGCAGCUCUUGUGGGAUGUUCCCGGUGUGCAGUGGUCAGUAUCUAUUAAAAGUGGUCCAAGGAAGGAACAGUGGUGAACCGGCGGCAAGGUUCUUGGGCGGCCAAGGCACACUGAUGUACGUGGGGAGCGAAGGCUGGCCCGUGUGGUCCGAGCCAACAGACGAGCUACUGUAGCUCAAGUUACUCAAGAAGUUAAUGCUGGUUCUGAUAGAAAGGGGCUGCAUAGACGCAGACCAGUCAGGGUGCCCAUGCUGACCCUUGUCCACCGCCGAAAGCGCCAACAAUGGCCACGUGAGCAUCAGAACUGGACCACGGAGCAAUGGAAGAAGGCGGCCUGGUCUGAUGAAUCACGUUUUCUUUUACAUCACGUGGAUGUCUGGGUGCGUGUGCAUCGCUUACCUGGGGAACACAUGGCACCAGGAUGCACUAUGGAAAGAAGGCAAGCCGGCGGAGGCACUGUGAUGCUUUGGGCAAUGUUCUGCUUACCCUUUCAUGGAAACGGUAUUCCCUGGUGGCUGUGGCCUCUUUCAGCAGGAUAAUGUGCCCUAAUACAAAGCAAAAAUUGUUCAGGAAUGGUUUGAGGAGCACAACAACGAGUUUGAGGUGUUGACUUGGAAUCCAAAUUCCUCAGAACCCAUUUAACAAUGCUCAUUCCGACCUUUGUGGCCUUCGAAGGCGUGGCCUGUGAAGUCUGCGUCCUUCGAAGGAUGCAGCCUCUGAAUUGGGAUGCAGCUACUGACUGUUUCAAUAGCAACUGGAGCUUCUAAAUGCAGAUGUAAUGACGCAAUGGCUUUAUUCUGCCAUAUUGCAUGUUGCGCUUUCUCCUAUUCAUAGUAAUAUGAGUGCACCGUCUUUGUAUAUCUAAAGUCUUUGGUAGAAUUACUUUAAAGUUUAAGUUGAGUCAUGAUUAUUUGUCUUUCAUGAGGUGCUGUUUUGUUUCAUGUCACAGUUAAAGUUAUAAAAAUAAAUCCUGGUAUACGAUCAAUCUAAUUUGGCAUAAAUAUAUAACGUUAAUAUAAUGUCUACUGACAACUGUCUACAUUCCAGACAUAUUUUAACUGUCACUGGAUGUAGACUCAGGUGUGAUGGUGUCAGUUUGCAAUACUGAAGAAUUCAAUAUAUGUCAAACCUUUGAAAGGUUAAAAGGUAUUAGGUUUAGGUAUUUUAAUGUUAACCAUGUAAAUCAUGACAUAUGAAAUAGUAGUCAGAAAAAAAUCUGUCUAAAAACAUUUAUUGAACGUUUAGACAAAAUCUAAAAAAAAAAAUAAAAUAAAAAAACCGUUUGCAUGUGUUUUUUGUUGCAUAUUAUAUUUAAUAGAUCAGGUUUUUAUGGCACAUGGUAUGAUAUACGAGAAUAUGGAGUUCAUACUCAACGAGGGAAAAAAACACCUUAAUUUUAUUCAUAUGCCCAAACUGAGCAAAAAUAUGCAGUUUGGUUAAAUUGUUGAUAUCGGCGAAAAAUUAAGAUGAAAAUUUGAUAGCGUGUAGCCUAUGGAAAACGAUGAGAUCUUUAUAAUAAUAUAGCAGUCUACUUCCAUAAGAUGCAUAUAAAUAUCAGUUGUCACUCUAUGUCUUCGUGGGAGGCAAAACAUAUAAUUAAUGUAAUACAACAAUGUUUUUUUUUGUUGUUGUUGUUGUUUUUUUCAAUUAUACCAAAAGGCUUUUUACUUGCAAAAAAGUAUACACACUAACAAUCAGACGACAUAAAUCAUAUAGUAGCUAGAUUGUGUACUACACUUUUUUUUUUUUUAUCAAGUUGGUAAUUUAGAGAAAUUUGUGAAUUAAAUAUGAUAAAGUAGACUUUAGAGGGUUAAAAAUAAACAACAUAGUCAAACUCUUUAUGUAUGUGUGUGGGAGAGAGAGAGCGAGAGGAAAUGAUCACACUGACUGUUUUUUCUGGCCUGUCAGGAAGUUCCAGUGAAGCAUGCUACGCACAACAGGAGCACCUCACUACCAUAAAGCUUCCAACCAUCGGAUUUGCAUAGGUUUGAUCAGAAAGACUCAUUUUAUACCCUGUUCCAAUAACCACGCUGUUUUCAAAGCCCCUUUCAAAAUCGCUAAUCAAGGAUUUUGUGCUCUGACUACUGAAUGGCAAAAUGCAAAAACAUUGCAAUCACAGAAGGAAAACCCAAUUCUGUUACAAUGCUGUUACUUAAUAACUAAGGACAAGUAGGCCGGUCAAUGACCCUGUGAAUGGUUGCUAAUAUACGGAAUUUACAAUACAACAGCGACAUCUGCUGGUGAAACGUGUCAGCACCUAAGUGGAGCACGAAGUGCCUAACAGCAGAAGAAGAAAGCAACCAGGGAUUAGCCUACAGAAGAUGUAAAUCUACCCCCCGGUUUCACAGACAAGGCUUAAGCUAGUCCUAGACUAAAAUGCAUGUUUGAGCUGUUGUAACUGAAAGCAACUUGCACUGACAUAUCUUAAAAUAUGUCAGUGUCAUUGUUUUGUCUCAAGAUGCACACCAGUAAUGUGUUUUUCAGUGAAAGUUUAUAAAAGCUACUUAAAUGCCUUAUCCUGGCUUAGGCUAAACCCUGUCUGUGAAACCGGACUAUAUGUAUUUACAGUCAGUGUUCGAAUUACAUAAUGACUUUCAGGGCAGUCGACUUUUUAAAGGAACUUUUUAACGUGUGCUGAAUUGCCCAUAUCGCAAUGGAAAGCGCUCGAGGGUAUUGUUGUUACUUUCUGGCUUCUUCGACUUACUGAAAACCCUGUUGAAACCUAUUGCAUAAAAACAAAGGAAUAUGUGCUUUACCUUUUGUUUUGACCCCUUUCCUUCCCGCCAAGACCAUCAAGAAAUGGACCUUCAUAAUACCUUAAUAACUUUGUGUCUGUUUACCUUCAGUUUUAUGCUCGGAGAUCAAAGUAAUUAUCUCUCUAUAUGUAAAUAAAUAUUUUUAAACAAAAUGUGUUGUUUUUUUCUGCACAUGAGACCUUAAUUCUAAUACUAGAA